AUGGAGCAUCUAACGGAGGACAACUGGAGGGAGAUAGCUGGGAAGAAGAUGAAAUUCCCACCCAGCCUGAUUGGAGCAAUCUAUGACGGGAAUUUGGCCAAACUCUACAAGCUCUUACAGACCAGUGAUGGGCUCCUGAGGCAGCUGGACGACUCCGAGGACCGAUCUUGGAGGGAGGCCCUCAACCUGGCCAUCCGGAUGGGCAACGAUGAGAUUAUCGUCAACCUCCUCCGAUUGGUCAAGUUUGACUUCCGGCAGAUCCACGAGGCGUUGCUGGUGGCCGUGGACAUGAACCUCAUCAACGUGGUCAAACUCCUGUUGGACCGGUUGGACCAGCAGAAAGGAGUGAGCCACAACAAGGUGGACAUCAUGUCCUUCUCCCUGGCCCUGUUUGACCACUCCAUCGACAGCUCUCGCUUCGCCCCAGGGGUGACCCCGUUGACCCUGGCUUGCCAGAAGAACCUGUUUGAGAUCGUGGACCUCCUGAUGAAGAAGGGCCACGUCAUCCCCAACCCCCACAAAAUCUCCUGUUCCUGCCCGGAUUGUCUUAACAGCAGGCAGUAUGACAUGCUCAAGUUCUCACUGUCCCGCAUGAACACCUACAAAGGGCUGGCCAGUAGGCCGUACCUCGCCAUCGCCAAUGACGACGCCAUGUUGAGCGCCUUCAAGCUGAGCAGGGAACUCAAACAGCUGUCCAAGAAGGAGCCUGAGUUUAAGCCUGAGUACCUGAACCUGGAGGAACUCUGUCAGGACCUAGCCGUGGAAUUGCUUGGAAUGUGCCGGAAUCAGAGUGAAGUGAACGCCGUGCUGAACGACUGCGGUGAGGAAAACGUGGAGGAUGUGGACAACCAGGCCUUUGAGGAAGGGAUUCCCAACUUGGGCAGACUACGUCUUGCUGUCAACUACAAUCAGAAGCGGUUUGUGGCUCACCCAAUUUGCCAACAGGUUCUCACCUCGAUCUGGUGUGGGAAGCUAACCUGGUGGAGAGGCAGCAAGACCAUCUCACUCGUAUGUGUCUCCUUUGGGAUGUUCAUCACCAUGCCCUUGCUAAGUAUGUUCUACUGGAUUGCUCCCAAAUCCAAGCUUGGACAGAUUGUUCGGACCCCAGUCAUUAAGUUCCUCCUUCACUCCUCUUCCUACGUCUGGUUUCUGGUGUUGCUCCUGGUGGAGUCGAUAGUCGCCCAACAGUUCCGGGAUUUGUCUUCAUCCAGGAAUGAACCGAUCUACCUCAACUCCGUCCACAUGGUUUGGGUAGUGGGGUUCUUCUGGUAUGAGUGUAAGGAGGUGUGGAUCGAGGGGCUGCGCAGUUACCUGUUGGACUGGUGGAAUUUCCUGGAUAUUGUCAUUUUGAGUAUGUACCUGGCUUCAUUCGCACUCCGAAUAGUGGUCUACCUGAGUGGAAAACUCUAUUGUUUGGCGGACAGUGUUUCAUUCUACUGCUACUAUUUCACAGACGCUGACCGGCAUGAAUGGAAACAAGAGGACCCACAAAUGGUGGCAGAGGUGUUAUUUGCAAUCACCAGUAUGCUGAGCCUUGCUCGACUGACCUCCAUCCUACCAGCACACGAGACUCUGGGAACGCUGCAGAUUUCCAUUGGGAGGAUGAUCGAUGACAUGAUGAGGUUCAUGUUUUUGCUGAUGAUUAUCUUGACUGCCUUCCUCUGUGGGAUCAACAACAUCUACGUCCAUUAUGUUGACCUGGAACGGCUUGGAAACUUUAAUGGCACUCUACAAUUCCUCUUCUGGACCAUGUUUGGAAUGGAGGAACCCACAUCAGUGGACCUAACGGAUUUUGUGGUUGCUGAAUUUGUAGGACGGGUUCUGUAUGGGAUUUUCACCAUCGUCAUGGUCAUAGUGCUACUCAACAUGUUAGUCGCUAUGAUCACAAACUCCUUUCAAAAGAUUGAGGAUGAUGCCGAUGUUGAAUGGAAGUUUGCCAGAUCAAAGCUCUAUCUUUGCUAUUUCCGGGAAGGCCUCACAUUACCUGUUCCCUUCAACAUCAUCCCAACACCCAAAUCCUUCUUUUAUAUGGUCAGGUGGCUUUUUCGAAAGUUGUGUUGUGUAAGCUCCAAGAAAAAUAAUGAUUAUCCCCCACUGCCAACAUCAAUUGCUAACACAGCUUUGAGUGGUGAUUGUGGUCAAACUGGGAGCAGAGCCUCCUACCGGCUGCAGGUGAUUAAAACCCUGGUGCAGAGGUAUAUCGAAACAUCACGGCAAGAGUUUGCAGAGAAACAGAGGAAAGACCUGGGGAACCGUCUCACAGAUUUGGGCAAGUUUGUGGGCCGGCUGCAGUCGGAGAUUAAACGGCUACGGUACAGCAUGGGUGCGGCUGGCAGCACCACCAAAUCCAACGAUGCCACCGCCGUCCUCGGAAAAUACAUCCUCGGGGCGCGGAACCGUUUCCAGGAGACCGACCAGGAACUGGACUCUGACUCCCCCAAGUCAUCCUUCAAUGUCACCGUCCACCAGAACUCGGGCGAGGCGUUUGAGCCUCCCCCGGCCAGCAAGGCGGCCGGGAAGGAGGGGGAGGGUCAAGACUGUCCACCCUACCCCAGCGAGGGAGCAGGGGCCGGCGCUUUGUCCGGGCCAGACCCGGAGCCAGAGGCAGGCGAUGCGCCCUCAUCCGAGAAGGACGAAGGAGACUCCAGCAAGCCAGGAGAGGAGAAAGACUGA